AUGGAAACUUUGGUGUGCCCAUGGGACUCCAUCCCGCCCUUCCUCGGCGACCCGCGCAGGGAGAGCGGCGCGCAUGGCUGCCGCGAGGAGAGAAGCGGCGUGACCAGCGUGGCGUCGGGCAACGGGAGCUCGGCGUGCUCGGGCCCGUGGGCCGGGCCCUGGGCGGGCGGCGCAGCGGCCGAAGCGGCGUUGCUGCUAGCGCUCGCCGCCCUCGGCAUGGGCACCAACUGCCUGCUCAUGGGCCAGGUGGCCGCCCGCCGCCGCGGCUGGGCGCAGGGCCUGCUCUUCCAUCAGGGCCUCGUCGACUGCACGCGCGCCGGUCUACUACUACCGCUAGGCCUCGCCCUGCUCCUGUGCCAACGGGCGCCGCCGCGGUGCCCCGUGCUUGAGUCGGCCUUCCUGCUGCUCGUCACCGUCUCCACAGUAAACCUGCUCACGUGGGUGCUCAGCGACGGCGGCCCGGACUCGCCGCAGUGCCUCGCGCUCGCGCUUUUCCUCGUGUGGUUCGCGUCGGUCACCGUCCAGCUGGGACCGACGUUCCUGGCGGGCGCCCGCGCCGCGCACCUCUGCCCCGUGCAGCCGGGACCGCACUACGUGCUCGGCCUGCUCUGGGUGGCCGUCAACGCGCUCUGCGUGCUCCUCACCGCCCUGCACCUGCGGCGGCUGCACCGGGAUCUAUGCCGCUCCAAGGUGGAGGCCGCGCGCGUCGCCUCGCUCGUCACUGCAAUGAUGGUCUCCUCGCCAGGUGACCGGACCAUGCAGGACUACGUGGAGCGCCAGGAGCGGUGGGGGCUGCGGCGGCUGCGCGCCUUCGGUCUGCUGCUGGCUGCCUACAUGCUCUUCUGGGGGCCACUGUUUGUGGUGACGCUCGUUCAGCCCAAGGCACCCCUACCGCACCAGGUUGCCAUGCAUGUGGCUUUUGUGCACGCCACAGUCAACCCUGCACUGCUUCUCGUGCUAGACACAGAUCCACGGGGCUCCCCUGGUGCGACGCCCCUGCAGCUGCCCGUUGACCAGAUGGUGCCUUUGGAGACCACACUGUGAUGGCCUAUAGGCGUACCUGCCAAAAUGCUACAUGACAAUCUUCCAGAGAAAAAGACAGUGUUUGCAGCUUGCAGAAACUUACCUGCUCGAAGCUACCGAGGAGUUCAAGAGCAUCAGUUGAUGUGGCGAUUGCCAGGACAGCCAG